AUGGACUCCAAUAUGCUGUCUGGCAAGAAGCACAUCAACCUUAUGCGUGGCUGGCCCUCUCCGGAUGUUUUACCAGCUGCCAUGCUCUCAACCGCCUGCAACCGUGUGCUUCUUGAUCGCGAUGAGUACACCCCGAUUCUCCAAUAUGGCCCAAGCGCAGGCCACCCAACUUUGAGAAAAGAGUUAUCCAAAUGGCUGGGCCAACAUUACAGUGUUGACCCAGACCCAAGUCGCAUAUGCGUCACCGGCGGAGCAAGUCAAAGCUUGGCCUGCAUUCUCCAGAGCUUCACGGAUCCAAACUACACUAAAGCGAUUUGGAUUAUUGCUCCAUGUUAUUACUUGGCAUGCGGAAUAUUCGAGGAUUCAGGGUUUACUGGAAAACUGAGGGCAUCGCCAGAGGAUGAGGAAGGAAUCGAUUUGAUUGCCUUGGAAGAGAGCAUGAAGAAGGUAGAGCAGGCAGAAUGCCACAAACAGCAACUCCCGCCUGUAAAGCUUCCCGGUACCACGAGAAAGCUGUACAGACAUGUAGUGUACGUCGUACCAACUUGUGCCAAUCCUUCUGGCAAAACCAUGUCUUUCCGACGGCGUGAAGGACUGGUGCAACUGGCUCGGAGAAACGACGCUCUCGUAGUUUGUGAUGACGUGUACGAUUUUCUACAGUGGCCCAUCGACUCAGUAGGCCAACAGAAUAGGCAAGACUACCCAAGACUCCCUAGACUCUGUGACAUAGAACGGUCAAUGGGAUACGCGGAGCAAGAUUCUGGAAAGUUUGGUUACACUGUCAGCAAUGGUUCAUUCAGUAAAAUUGCCGGCCCAGGAGUCCGAACUGGUUGGGUCGAAGCCGCCUCUAACUUUGUCAUCGGGCUGGGUGACACAGCUUCUACACUUUCAGGCGGAGCCCCGAGUCAGUUGUGUGCAGCGAUUCUCGGCGAAACCCUUCGAACGGGUGAGCUACAGAAGCAUAUAGCUUGCACAGCUUGUCCGUCGUUACAAAUAAGGCAUAAUCUCGCCAUGAACGCUAUUCGUCAAUGCAUCAAGCCUUUGGGUUACAACGUCCGAGAGACGAGCCUCGUUGGGACUCCGUACUAUGGUGGAUAUUUCAUAUGGCUGUCCCCGGGACACGGAGUAUCGUUAAACUCCAAAUUGGUUGCCCAGGUCGCGUUGGAAGAGGAAAAUCUUGCGAUAGGUUACGGUUGUAUGUUUGAAGUUCACGGGGACGAAGGCAAUGCACAGUUCAGCGGCGAUAUUCGAAUAUGCUUUGCAUGGGAGCCAGAGGAUGUCAUGGUUGAAGGUAUCCAAAGACUCGGUGCGCUAUUGAAGCGCAUGUUAAACGAUAAGUUGCAUUGCAGUGCCAGGACGGUGGCAUCAGGGGUAUGUUCGAAUUUCGUAGAUUGCUACAAAUGA